AUGGCCACAUCGAUUUCGAGCGACCACAGGCAGCUUGAUUAUCAUGUGAUUUGUGCAAGAAUUUUUUCAUUGGUUAGAGCUGAUGCGUUGGUAUCGAUUAAGGUGUUGCAAGAGGCAACAGAGGCAACAUAUGGUUUCAAGCCAAGUUAUCGGAAGGUGUGGUUGGCAAAGCAGAAGGCAGUAGCACAGAUCUACGGUGAUUGGGAGGAGUCAUAUGCGGAUCUGCCCCGCUGGAUCCUUGGGGUCACGUUAACCAUGGACGGUUCCGUUGCUCUGCUGAAGACCUCCCCGGUUAGAGUGGGUGACCAGGUUGAUGAAGAAAGAGUCUACUUUCAUCGCAUGUUUUGGACAUUCCCUCCAUGUGUUGAGGCAUUCCGCCACUGUAAGCCACUCGUCAGCAUCGAUGGGACACACUUGUAUGGUAAGUAUGGAGGGACGUUGUUGUUGGCGAUUGCUCAGGAUGGGAAUUCGAAUAUUUUGCCUGUUGCGUUUGCACUAGUGGAGGGGGAAAAUGCUGAGUCUUGGUCAUAUUUUCUGUCCAAUCUUAGAAGACAUGUUACUCCACAGGAAGGUAUUCUCGUCAUCUCCGACAGACACAACGGCAUCAAGGCUGCGCUGGAGUCACCCGAUAGUGGUUGGCGACCUCCGCAUGCUUAUAGGGCAUUUUGCAUUCGGCAUGUUGCUGCAAAUUUUGCCCUUACCUUCAAGGGGCAGGAUGUCAGAAGGUGGCUGGUUAACGCCGCUUAUGCUAAGACGGAAGCAGAAUUUGACUAUUGGUUUGAUAUAAUGAGGUCAGAGAACCCAGCCAUGUGUGAUUGGGCAAACAGGAUGGAUUAUGAGAUGUGGACACAGCACAAGGAUGGGGGCAGACGAUAUGGUCACAUGACGACCAACAUUUCUGAGUGUGUGAACUCUGUUUUGAAGGGCACAAGAAAUCUACCAGUCACGUCCUUGGUUAAGUCCACCUAUCUUCGCCUUGCUGAGUUGUUUGUUGUCCGGGGGCAGACGACAGAGGCACAGUUAGGAUCCGGUCAAAGCAGGGGCGGAGCUAGGAUAAAAUUUAGGGAGGGGCCAAAGUUUAAUUUUUUAAUAUAG